AAGCGGCACGGGAUCAUGAGUCUGUACGGUGGUGUAGAGGGCGGAGGAACACACUCCAUUGCACUCAUCGUGGCUGACGAUGGGAAGGUGCUUGCAAAGACCGACGGACCUAGCACAAACCACUGGCUCGUCGGGGUGGAUAAGUCUAUUGAAACUAUCAAUGACAUGAUUCAGAGGGCCAAAGUUGCAGCAGGGCUGGACCCAGACACUCCCCUCCAGGCACUGGGCAUGUCCUUAAGCGGCGGGGAGCAGAAGGACGCCAUCCAGAAGCUCAUUGACGAGAUGCAUCGGAGGUUUCCAAAGCUAAGCAAGAGCUAUUACAUCACCACUGAUGCCAUCGGAGCCAUCGCCACUGCUAGUGACCGUGGUGGGGUUGUAGUGAUCUCUGGAACAGGAUCGAACUGCAAGCUGGUGAACCCUGACGGCUCUGAGGUGGGGUGUGGAGGCUGGGGCCACUUGAUGGGCGACGAAGGCUCAGCUUUCUGGAUCUCCCACCUGGCUGUGAAAACAGUGUUUGAUGCCAAAGACAACUUAGUCAGUCCACCUCAUGAUGUCGCAUGUGUUAAGAAGGCCAUGGAGGAGUACUUCCAGGUGUCUGACCUGAUGGGCAUGCUUCCCCACCUCUACAGAAACUUCCAGAAGUCUCACUUUGCUGGAUUCUGCAAGAAAGUGGCAGAAGGUGCUAGUGCUGGAGAUGCCCUUUGUCAGCACAUAUUCACCCAGGCGGGCAGAGUCUUGGCACAGCAUAUUGUUGCAGUCCUCCCCAAAGCCCAGGAGGCGCUGUUCUCAGGGCAGCUGGGACUGCCCAUUCUGUGUGAGGGAGCCGUGUGGGGCAGCUGGGAGCUGAUGAGGGCCGGUUUCACUGAGGUGUUGGCGCAGGCGAAAGGGUGCGGUGGAGGCCACUUCCGCGGGUAUAGCCUGAUGACCUUGCGGCAGUCGUCCGCCCUGGGUGGCGCCAAGCUCGGCGCGGAGAACAUCGCUGCCAUACUUCCACUGGACUACGCAGCCAACGUCAACGUCUUCUACAAGCACUCCUUCACUGAAGAAUCUCUGCAGGAGACAGUAAAAUCGCUGUCUUUAAAGCAAUGACUGGUGGGCUGCAAAGAUUUUCAUUGUGAUCACAGAAUCAAAAUGAUCACUUGAUCUAGUACCAUGAGCAUGCCCUUUGAACCCUGGGUCCUGUACUGGACAUAGGUGCUGGCCAGAAUAUUAUUCAGCAAAUGAUCAUGAAAUGACAUGAAGUGAUUUGUAACAAAUCUGAACUGAAUCUGUUUGUUUUGAUAUUACUAUUAUUAUUUUUGUAUUUUCUGAAAUGGAUGCAUGCUCAGAAACUGAUACUGUUAUAAAACAUUCUUAAAGGUCCCAGAUAAUGGAUGAAUUGAAUUGCACUGUGUUCUCUGAUGUUAAAAUAGUAUAUAUUCAACUUUGAUUUAAAAAAAUAAACUCAAUUGCAAUUUUACAAGAAUAAUUAAAACCAUAUAUUUAGGCUGGGUAUUGAAAUGGUCUGUUUGACUAAAUGGCGCCCUCUUUGGCAACCCCAAUUGAACUUCAAUGGCUUUGCGAGGUCUGACAUCACAAGCAAGCAGUUUUGCUGAAUCGCCCGUUUUUUAGUGUCUAUUUCUAAGUUCAAGAUUUCCAUAUGAAGGAGGGCACAACCAUGCCUCAUGUUCAUGAUAGCUCUUUGUUUAUGCACAACCUCUCAUAAUUCAUGAAAACCAAGAAAAAAAGUAUUUCCAUUCUCUGGGACCUUUAACUGUAACCAUUUGACUUUUAUAUUGUAUAAUUUUUUUGCUUCCAACAUUAUACAAAUUUAGCCUAUUGGGAUACCUCCCGUAGAGAUAUCAAGUAAUGGUAAAAUAAUAGUUUUGUUUAUUUGGUAAUUGUUCCAUUUCAUAUGUAUUUAUAUCAAAUAAACUGUUU